CAAAGCAACAUGGGAUUUAAGCUUCAAAUCAUUUCGGUUUAUUAUUUGGUGUACGGUGCAGAAAGCAGACUUUUGAAGCAAAUAAUUUUCUUUUAAAAUGCCGCCGUUCUCCGCCUGUUCCAUAUGCCAAGUCAGGACCCGAAAGAUGGUCAAGGAUCCCCUCACCUUGAAGCAGAUAUACGUGUGUCCGAAAUGCUUUAAAAGCGGGAUGCACCAAAAAGCGAGUCCAAUCGAAACAGAUAAUUUGAAGAAAAGUGGAAAUGCUAAAGUCAGCCCGAAAGAAAAUCAAAAGACCGCUGAGAAAAAUUUGGGUUGCCCCGGAUCUGAUAAAAGUGCCAGUAUCCAGAGCAAAAAGAAUGGCAAAAGUCAGGAGAAGGAAGAAGAGCUCUUAAAGGAAGUACCUAAAGUUAAAAAAAUACCCAAAAUCACGCCUCCACUCAUGCAAACUGUGGUAAUUAAGAACCGAAAAUAUGUGGCCAUCAGUGAGACAGCCGACGACGAGUAAUUUGUUCUUGGUCUCAUUUUCAUGUCAUAAAACGAACGAGCAGACUUUGAUUAAACUAGUGACACCGUUAAGCUAAUUUCCAUACACCAAAACACAAAAUACAAAGCCAACGAAUGUGGAAGACUCUUUAAAAACCUUUUUUCCUAAUAUAUAAUUAAAAAAGAA